GGUUUCUGCCAUGGGGCCAUGGCCACGCUUUCUGUGCUGUACCAUGAGCAAUUGGCGUUGCAUACUAUCGAUUACUUGCCAGCAAAGAAUCUGGCAAAGUUGGCGACCACUACAAAGUCUUGGUGGCAGAUGUUGACCGAAGGCAGUGUCCUUGCAGGGCGCGCCACGCGUGGCCGUUUGGACCUGCAAAGGGCUACACAUUUCUUGCUGCGCUUGUGGCGUGCGGAAAGCGCUUUGGUCUACGAGGAGUUUGCUCCCGGCUGGCACCAGCAGUGGCUGGUGAGAUACGAAGAUCAGCAGCUACGACCUGUGACUUCAGAUGAUCAAGAUGUCUUCUCAGCCCACGGCCGCCUAUGGCUCCGUGGCACGAAGGCGCGUCUCGUGCGGCAGCUGAGCGAAAGGCCCAGUGGGCUGCAAGUUCGCUUGGCCGUCGCAGCCCAUGGUGACUGUGCUCUGGGCCAUUUGACGCUGGAAGAUGACUCCGGCCGCGCUUGCGUUUGGGUCUACGUGGAGAGAAGGAGCGACUUCGUUGGCAUCCCAUUGUGCAAUCUACACGUGAACUUGUUGGAUCAUCAGCUUUCUGCCUUGCCUUCAGGGCCUAAUGACUUCCUUACGAACACGGAUCCCAGAACAUGGAAACCAACUGCGACGCACGCACUGCCGUGCACUCAAUGCCCAAGGCUUUCCUUCGAUCUGGACUGGCCCAAUCGGCUUUUGAUGAACAUCCGAGUGGACGGUGUUUUGGUGGCACCGGAGGAAGAUUUCCACCACCCGCGGUGCAACGCAGCGAAACAGUUGCGGCUCUUCAAUAUGAGGGGUGACUCGUGCGCCAGCGCGUGGAGAGAAUUGCUGCUCAAAAAUGUCACCGCAACGGUCGCAUGGUUUUUUGGAAUGUGA